AUGGUUGCUUUUUGGGCUGUUAAAAGUCAAGGAUGGAGUAGUCUAAUAAAACCAUACGUAUGGACAACAAUGGCCAUUGGUACAUCGGUGACAUUAGGCGACUUUAUCUGUCAAUUUUUAGAAAGAGAUAAAAGCAUUUUGAAAGUGGAACAUGAUCGUUUUUCAUCUCUUCCAUGGUGGAAUUAUCAUCGUAGUUUAAUUAUGUGUACAUCUGCUGUUCUCGUCUCGACACCAUAUUCAUUUACAUUAGCAAGAACUGUAGAAAGAAUAUUUCCAGGAAAACAAUCUAUCCAGAUUGCGAAAAAAAUGCUCAGUAAUAUUGUAAUGGCACCUAUUGGUAUCUCCUUGGUAUUUACUUCGAUCACGCUUCUGAAAGGACAAUCUUUGUCUGAUGCUCAAGAAAAAGUGUCGAAAGAUAUGCCACGUACACUUUUCGCUGGUGCGUGUUAUUGGCCAUUUGUUUCGUUUCUUAAUUUUCGUUUUGUCCCGUUAGAUUUUCGGCCACUUGUUGGUUCCGCUGCUGGUACUGUAUGGAAUAUUUAUAUGUCUAGUGUAGCAAAUAAACAAUAA